UCGGACUUCGGAUGCGGUUCUAGUUUUACUAGCAGACUGCUCGAAUUGUCAAAUGUCAAACAACCAAAGAUAAAAACGCUUAAGUAAUUUUACCGGGUUACCGGCGCUCUUUACUGCAUUUUCAUAAAAAUAUGUCUGUGGUGCAACAGUCGUUAAAAUGUGUUUUUUGUCAGAUUUGUCAAGGCCUAGCUCCAGCAAGUAUCGUCCAUCAGGAUCUUAAAUAUUUGGCAUUUCGUGACAUCAAACCAGCUUCAAAGAACCAUCUUCUAAUCAUACCUAGAGAACAUAUCACAGAUGUAAAAAGUCUUACUGUAGAAACUGUCAAGAUUGUUGAGGAGAUGGUUGAAAUAGGACAACAGCUUGUGAAAGAACAUUUAGGAACCUUAGUUGAUUACAGAAUGGGAUUUCAUUGGCCACCUUUCAACUCUGUCAAACAUCUGCAUCUCCAUGUGAUUUUUCCGGAGCAGAGUAUGAGUUUUAUAGGCCGUCAAGUAUUUCGUCCUGGAACCUUUUAUUUUGCAACGCCGGAAACAACAAUCGAUUGGAUCAAAAAGCAUCGCUCUUCGUCUCUGUAGCAGAUGACUUUCUUGUCUUCAAAAUUUUGACCUACAGUCGAAAAUUUAAAAUUCUGAUAAUUGGAUACUGCCUAAGACAUUUAAGUUGCAUAGUUGAUAAAAAUACAUGACUUGAUCAAAGA